AUGCAUUUACCAAACAUUCUCUUCAAUGAUUCAACUACACUAGUCCAAAUCGGAAUUAUGAUUAACACUCACCCUCAACCUUCUCCUACUCAAACUAUACUAAUCUAUACUCACACUCAACAAACAUUGCAAGAUACCAUUGCAGACCUUCGUUCAUGUACCGAACAGGUCACGUGGCUCACCGCUCCAGAUCAUUCCUUACAUUCAAAUAAUCCCGGAACUUUGGCACCAACGUUGGCCCAUGCUCUCCAAGCAAGAGAAAAUGCUCGUAGAUUGUAUCGUUAUACACUAGCUCAUCCUUUAGUAGAUGAAUUGGCUCUAGAGAGAGACAUGGCACGUGACCUCGAACAAGAAUUGUUUCAAAACUUACUUGUCGAUUUAAAAAGUGAAUUGGCCAUACUAGAUCACCUUCUAGGAUUGUACCCUCGUCGUGGAGGAUUCCCAUAA